AUGUUUGUCUCUUUAUCCAACUGUGCAGCCUCUAAGCAGUCUAGCAUACAAUGGUCAUGCACUAUUCUUCAAGAUAAACUCUACAUACCUUUGUUCUUUGCCUAUAUUACUGUAAUUAUCUCUAUCCUCUGCUUAUUUUUACGCAAAUACCAAAAUUCAAACCAACCAAAGAUUUUAUUCCGCAAGUUUUGCCUUUCAUUCUAUAUUAACCAACCCAAAGCUAAAGAAUGUCUAGGAAGCAAUAUCAGUUCUGAAUUUGGUUUACCAAACCAAAAUUGUUUCGAGGACAUGGCUCCGUUACAGUUUGAGCAUAAUUUGUGGAAUAGAGAUCUUGCUGCUGUCCUGAAAUUCUGGCAUAUACUUAACCGACUUAAACAUGGUGGGUUGUUGCACAAAUACCAACAUCUUGUGUUUCUAUCAACAUCUCCAAAGUUUUAA